GGCCGGGGUAUGGAGGCUGCCGCCCGGGCUUGUGAGCUCCAGAGACUUCCCCUCUGUUAAUAUAAAGACAGGGUUACUCUUCUAAAAACUCUAAUAGGGGACCGAGGUCGGACUGGAGCUGUGAGUUUCAGCCGGAUAAUGCAGACAGGCUGCUGCUCGGCUGCUCUAAAGACACGCUGUCAAGUUGGACGGGAUACUUCUGACAGCAUGUCAUCAGCUGCUGAUCCUCCAGUCACGUAUUCCACGUCGCGGACAGGAGGUGAGUAACCAGGAAGUGAGACGUCACGUCAGAUCAGCGCUCACACCAAACUUCUCCAGAGAAGUCAACCUUAUUCUGAUCAUACUGGAACAACUGGACUCACAGACCAGAGAGAGGCUUUAAACGUCGGGUCGUGAUGAAGAUGGUGGUCUCCCUGCUCCUCCUCCUCCUCCUCGGGUCCAGGUCUGCAGACAGCAGGUGCUUCUGUCAGGUCACCGGUGACCUGGACGACUGUACCUGUGACGUGGAAACCAUCGACAGCUUCAACAACCAGCAGCUUUUCCCCCAGCUCAAAAAACUUCUGGAGUCCGACUAUUUCAGGUUCUACAAGGUGAACCUGAACAAGCCGUGUCCGUUCUGGAAGGCCAGCAGUCACUGUGGUCUGAAGGACUGUGCUGUGAAGCCCUGCGAACCUAAUGAGGUUCCAGAGGGGAUCAGAUCAUCCUCCCACAACAAGUAUUCAGCAGAUGCAAACAAGCAGCAGGCUGAGUGUGAGCAGGCGGGACACCUCGGGGCUGUAGAUGUCUCUCUGAGUGCAGAGACCAGAAAGGCUCUGCUCAACUGGAGCAAACACGAUGACGAGGCAGAGCGCUUCUGUGUUCUGGAAGAUGAGGAGUCACCAGACUCUCAGUACGUGGACCUGCUGCUGAACCCUGAGCGCUUUACGGGCUAUAAAGGACCAGAGGCCUGGAGGAUCUGGAACAGCAUCUAUGAGGAGAACUGUUUCAAACCGCUAGCUGUCAAGCGACCACUGAUUCCCAACGCGUACCACAGCAGCCCUGGAAGUGAAGGAAAGACCUUCCACAGAUGGCUGGAAGGUCAGUGUGUGGAGAAAAGGGCUUUCUACCGGCUCAUUUCAGGCCUCCACUCCAGCAUCAACAUACACCUGAGUGCCAGAUACCUCCUGGAUGACAAAUGGUUUCAGAAGAACUGGGGUCACAACGUGUCUGAGUUCAGGCAGCGUUUUGAUUCAGAGCUGACGGCUGGCGAGGGGCCAAAGAGGCUGCAUAACCUUUACUUCCUGUACCUGAUUGAGCUGCGAGCUCUGGCCAAAGCUCUGCCGUUCUUCCAGCAGCCGUCCUUCCAGCUGUUCACCGGCAGACCUGAGGAGGACCAGAGUCACAAAGAGCUGCUGCUUGACAUCCUGCAGCUGGCAAGAUCGUUCCCACUACACUUUGAUGAGGCGUCAUUGUUCGCUGGGGAAGCAGCCAAACUGAAGGAGGACAUCAGACUGGCCUUCCUGAACAUCUCCAGGAUCAUGGACUGUGUGGGCUGCUUCAAGUGCCGACUGUGGGGAAAACUGCAGACUCAGGGAUUAGGAACAUCACUGAAGAUUUUGUUUUCAGAGCGACAGAUUGAGGCUCUGCCCUCAUCCAGCGACCAGCGACCCAGAUUCCAGCUCAGCCGACAAGAGAUUGUUUCUCUGCUCAACGCCUUCGGACGGAUUUCCACGAGCAUCAGAGAGCUGCAGACCUUCAGACUGCUGCUGGCAGAGGAGCGGUGACCACGUCGGAUAAAGAGUCACUCAGCGACUCUUCUGCCCUCACCUUGCUAAAAUGCUGCGUCACAGACCAACAACAGAACAUAGAGGAAGAUCAGAGCUCUGUUCUUCAGAUGUAUCUUAAUUAACUCAUGCUUAAAUGCAGUUAUCAGCUUGUGCUUUGUCGUGGAUGUCAUUGUGUUCUGCGUCAUGCUUUGACAGCAUUAAACAUCAGAUAUCACCAGGUUUUUUUGGAAAGACUUGACGAGUUGAUGGACUUGAAAAACUUAUGAAUGGAUGAAUGUAUAGAAUUUAUGACAGAGAUAUAAAGCUAGUUUCAGGACAUAAUUUAAUCUCAGUAACACGCUUUGAAGUGACUGUUUUUACUAAUGAUGUCAUCUUUAUUUUGUGGAGUGAGACUGUAAUUUCCCUACAUAUUACAGGAGACUGAAGAGUAUAAACAGUUAUUAAUAUUUCUGAGAAAAGUCAAAGGGAAAACAAGAAGUCAGACUCGCUCCAUAUGACAACGUGGUUUAAAUAAUGUUUUAACUCCAGAUCAUUUCUAUGUAUAACUGACUGAAAUCAGACUCUAGUUUUUAACAUGUUGCAGGAUGAACUGCAGCAAAGUUUAUGAAAUAUUAUUAUGAUUCCUGAUUAAAUGAAUUUAUUCUUCACAUGUUGUAUUUGUUGAAGUUGGUCCAGUGAGCUUUUCCUAAAUUAGUUUUUGAAGCUUUUUUUGUCAUAAAGAAAUAAAUAUUUUGUUUUGAAAAA